CGGCGAGGAGGAGGGUGGACGCUUGGCAGGACCCGCAGUUUCAGCAGAGCCGCAGCAGCCAUGGCCCCGAUCAAGGUGGGAGAUGCCCUGCCGUCGGUGGUGGUGUUUGAAAAGGAGCCUGGGAACAAGGUGAACCUGGCAGAGCUGUACAAGGGCAAGAAGGGUGUGCUGUUCGGAGUUCCCGGGGCCUUUCCUCCAGGCUGUUCCAAGACCCACCUGCCAGGGUUUGUGGAACAGGCCGGGGCUCUCAAGGCCAAGGGAGCCGAGGUGGUGGCGUGUUUGAGUGUCAACGACGUCUUUGUGGCCGGAGAAUGGGGAAGAGUCCACCACGCAGAAGGGAAGGUUCGGCUCCUGGCUGACCCCACUGGGGCCUUUGGGAAGGAGACCGAUUUGUUGUUAGAUGAUUCAUUGGUGCCGCUCUUUGGGAAUCGCAGGCUCAAGAGGUUCUCCAUGGUGAUAGAUGAUGGCGUGGUGAAGGCCUUGAAUGUGGAACCAGAUGGCACAGGCCUCACCUGUAGCCUGGCCCCCAACAUCCUGUCGCAGCUCUGA